AUGCUAGCUAGCUGACCGAGCGUUAGCUGUCAAACUAAAGUAGCUGUGCGUCGUUACUUUCCCCCGUCAGCUGCCAUUCCGUCGUCCUCACAUCAUUUCCUCGACCGCUUUUCAUCUCUCCACUCGGCAUCAGGCGAACAGAGACGCACUGUUCUCGCUAGCUUAACAGUGGUUUUCAACGAAGAGAGCAGCUUUUUUUUUCACCCACUGAUCCAUCACCUCGGGAUGAGUCUGCAGGAAAAGACCACCAUGUCGAGCUCAUCUGACAUUCUACGCUUUCAUUUCCCGACCUAUGGUGACUCUAUCCUCUGCAAAAUGGAUGCUUUGAGAGAGGAGCGCCGCUUUUGUGAUAUCACGCUCCUCCUUGGGGGUCCGCAAGGCACCACCAUCCAGCCUCUCCAUUUCCACGGUCACAGGGUGGUGCUUGCAGCGUCCUCAGACUUCCUACGGGACCAGUUUCUGCUCCACGAAGGCCUGGCUGAGCUGAAUGUGGGGGUCGUUUCCAGUGUGGAGGUUGGGAAGAGACUUCUCCUGUCCUGCUACACUGGGCUCUUAGAGGUCCCUCUGAGAGAGCUGGUGAGCUACCUGACAGCAGCCAGUGCGCUCCAGAUGAGUCAGGUGGUGGAGAAGUGUGUCCAAGCCGUCUCCCAGUAUCUCAGUCCCACACUUGCUUUCUUGAAACCGGAGAGACACUCAGAGGAGAAGACAGUCCAGAAGCUAUACAGCCUCCACAAUCAGGAGCAAAGGCAUGCACCCCAGCCCAGUUUCAGCGUCCUGAGAGCAAGCACAGAGGAAGGUGGAGUGGUUGAGGCAAAUUUCAGAAUCAGCCAAGAAGCCAGGGUGGAUAGUCAAGGACUGAAGGAGGUCAGAGAUAAGAGGGUUUUUGUUGCUAAAACAGAACUAUCUGCAGACGCAGCAUGUUGUCUCAAGUCAGAGGAGGGUGUAGAUAUCCCACCUGUUCACACAAACAAGCCAUCAGAUAAAGAUUCACAAAUUAACCCUGAGUCUCCCAAAGCUGUCCAAGAUCCUGUGUCCUUCCCAACUAGAGGAGGUUCAAAUAAACAUGAAGAAUUGGUGGACGGUUCCCAAAACCGAGGUGAGGAAGCAUGGGAUGGACAAGGAGAAGAGGAGGAAAUGUUUUUACUGGCAGCUCAACUCCAAGACUGCCGAGAGCUGAUGAACUCCCAGCUGUUUUGCCUCUCUGGAGCACCAAAAAGUAACUGCUCCGGAAACGAGCUGACCGAUGAUUCAGACGGCAUAAUGGUCCACAGGCCGUAUCUGUGCAGGAGGUGUGACAGAGUCUUCCAACACUUGGAGAGCUAUCUGGGCCAUCUGAAGGAGCACAGACAGUACCUGUGUUUGGUCUGCGGGAAAGGCUUUUCCCAGAGGAGCAACCUCACCCACCACAUACGCGUCCACACCGGUGUCAAGCCUUUCCGAUGCCCGUUGUGCCACAAGACAUUUUCCCAGAAGGCCACGCUGCAAGACCACCUGAACUUGCACACGGGGGACAAGCCUCACAAGUGCAACUACUGUGCCCUGCACUUUACACAGAAGCCAGGUCUCAGGCGCCACCUGAAGGACAUUCAUGGUAAGAGCAGCCUGCAAAACGUGCUUGAGGAGGCUCUGCACUGAUGAUAAAGAAGCAGUUUAAAAACAGUGCUGGUGGUUGCUUAAGCUAUUUUGUGAGCAUGUCGAACAAGGUGUCAUAGCACAGUGUAUGAGACAUAUGACCCUGGCAUAGAGGGGAAUAAAGAUGCGGCUAAUGAUCUAGCCAAUGAAAAGUAGUAAGGGUCUGGUCCCUCUGUGCUUUCUGCAGCAUUUUCUCCAUCUCUGUCAGUAUAAUACCCUGAGUUAAGAAUGCAAUGUACAAAUUAUAUCAUGGAAUAUCAUCUCUAAUGUAUGAUAGUUAAUGCAAUUUCAUGUAGGGUUAAUUUGGGCAUAGCUUCCAACACCGUUGAGAGUGCUCCUGCAUUUUAAAGUGUUUAAAGCCGACUAGAUUUGUGCCCCUGUUGCCCCUCCAACCCCAAUUUAUUCUGCUUUACUAAGAAGAUACGUUUUAUGUAACUGUGUGAACCAUAAGAGACAGAAUGCUGUCAUGCAAGACUGAUAAUUCAUAAAAGAGUGAAUAUGUGAGCAUUGCUGUGAUGACUACAACAACUAAUCGUGUGUUUUACUGUAAUUGCUACGACUAAUCUCGGAGGAAAACGUGUUUAUAUG